CUCACACACACACAGGCGCGCGCGCGCGCGCGCUCACGCAGAGGCGCUCGGACCGCCCGCUGAAGUUGCUCGCACCGCGGACGCGCAGCUCAGAGUCAGAGCCGCCGAGGACGCCUGUCCCGUCCCGUCCCGUCCCGUGCCGCGCCGCGCGCGCGCGCCCAGCGACACCGACCCACUCUGCUAUGGGAAGAUGUCCGCGGACGAGUCCUACGUGCUGCGGCCCUUCAAGCUCGUCGCCGUGCUCUGCGUGUUCCUCGCGCUCGGGCUCGACGUGGCCGCGCUGCUCAGUCCCGCGUGGGUCACGGCGGAGCGCUUCUCGCUGUCGCUCUGGCAGUCCUGCAGGAAGGUGUCCUCCGCGUGGCAGUGCGCGUCCACGCUGAGCACGGACUGGCAGGUCGCCACCAUGGUGCUGCUGCUCACCGGCGCGACCGUCACCCUGGUGGCCUUCCUCAUCGCACUCAUCUCGCUGUGCCGGGGAACGCAGCGGAAGCAUUACCGCACCGUGGCCGUUUUCCUCUUCACUGCCGUGGUCCUCCAGGCGUGCGCGCUCAUCCUCUACCCGAUCAAGUUCAUCGACGGGACGGUCCUGCAGAUCUACCACGAGUUCAACUGGGGCUACGGCAUGGGCUGGGGAGCCACCAUCUUCAUGCUGGGGGGCGGCAUUCUGUUCUGUCUUCGAACCGACAUGUACGAGGACGCGCUGUACUGAGGACAGACACACACACACACACGCGCAGAGAGCUGUCCUGGAGAGACUCAUCCAGGCUCGCGGGUGAGACGAGCUGCAGAGAACAAAAGUGUGCAGGACCAAGGACUGAACCCUGAAGGCCAUGCCGGUGCUGGCCAUGUUCAGAGAGUUAAAAAAUAGCCUCCAUCUGCUGAAAACUCUUGACAGGAUGCUUGCAUAAGGUUCCUUUGAGUAGAAAUAUCUCACAGCUUACCAUUUUCUUUUUGCUCUAGGAGUUGUUUCUCACACGUUUUCUACAUUUUGAUAUUUUGUCCCAAGCGACGUAAUGCAUUCUAGAAAGUAUGUUUUGACGAACAUUGCCGAUUUUCAAAGGCCGGUUUCGUGUUCGUACAGAUUGUUUUUAAUGAUGAAAUUUUUACUUUUCCUGAAUAUGAUUGAAUGGCUUUGCAGGAAUUCAGGAGCAGGAAUAAAUCUGAACUUUUCAGUAGGCCUACAUGUGUAUAGCAAAAUAGUUUCUUUGACAUUACUGCACGCUGGAAGAAAAAGAGAGGUGUUUUAUGUCUUAUCAGUAGAAUGAAUGACUGCCAAAAUAAUCUUUUUGUAGUUAUGACAACUGGAGCUUGUAUUUAAUUAUUUUCUGUAAGCAUCUGUUUUAACAAGUACUUUCCAUUAUAUAUUGUGCUGGAACAUAAAAUGGCUCUAUUUUAAUUUGCAUUUGCAAGUUAAAUGAUUUUUCCCGCUCACAAAGUAAAUACAAUAACUAAUACGAUU